UCAACCACCUCCUUCAUCACUUGUGAAUUUGAUUUGUUCAAUAUAAGAUGGAAAGUGGAUUCAACCUUAGCACCAACUUCAUCCUCCUCGGCCUAGUGGAAAUGGAAAGGUUGAAUUAUCUCUUUAGCACUAUUUCCCUUGUGAUGUAUCUGUUUAUUCUGCUGUGCAACCUCAUCGUUGUCUUGGUGGUAUUGGGUAAUGAGAGCCUUCAUCAGCCCAUGUACAUCCUCAUUGCUAAUCUUGUGAUGAACGGGUUGUUCGGCAGCUCCGCCUUCUUCCCGAAGUUACUAGUUGACUUGUUCUCUUCUUCAGUCAUGAUCUCUCGAACCGGCUGCUUCAUUCAAGCCUUUUGCUUGAUGAUCGCCGCCUACUGUCAGAUCUCCACAUUCACCAUCAUGGCAUGUGAUACAUAUGUAGCCGUGUGUCACCCCUUACGCUAUGGCACGUUGAUGACCAGUGCAGUGGCCCUCAACCUCAUCAUAGGAUCAUUCUUUUUCAACUUAACCUUAGUCUUGAUCAUUGUCCUCCUUGCUGCAAGGCUUCCACUUUGUGGAUCGACAAUUAACAGUAUUUUUUGUGACAACAUGUCCAUUUUCAUCCUGUCCUGUGUGGACACCUCUGUAAAUAAGUUGUAUGGGUCUAUUAUAUUUGUCAGCUAUUUAACAUCUGCCAUAUUCAUCAUAGGAUUUUCCUACAUCCAGAUAUUCCUGGUCUGCCUCAAGGUUUCAGAAGACGCUGGUAAGAAAGCCAUUCACACUGUGGUGACCCACUUGCUAAACUUCUCCAUUUUCCUGAUAGGAGGUUUGUUCAUAUUUAUCCGCUACAGGAUGGAGAAUGCAAGGAUUCCCCUGUAUGUCCACAUUCUGCUGUCCGUCACUGCCAUAGUGUGUCCCCCCAUGCUCACCCCUCUUAUAUAUGGAAUAAGGACAAAGGCACUGAAAAUUAAAAUGGUUUGUCACCUGCAGAAAAUAUACCAAUGA